AUGGCAGCAGCUUCACUGCUCCGGUUUGACGAGCGCGUCGUCAUUGUCACGGGGGCUGGAAACGGCUUGGGUCGCGAGUAUGCGCUGGCCUUUGCGAAGCGGGGUGCGCGCGUCGUCGUGAACGAUCUAGGCGGCUCAGUCAGCGGCGAUGGCUCAUCAAAUCGGGCAGCCGAUACUGUGGUUGAUGAGAUUCGUGCAGCCGGUGGCACGGCCGUGGCCAAUUACGACUCUGUUGUCAAUGGCCAGGCUGUAGUGGACACUGCUAUCAAGGCAUUUGGCCGCGUGGAUGUGGUCGUCAACAACGCAGGAAUCCUGCGGGAUCGCUCCUUCAGCAAAAUGACCGAGGGUGACUGGGAUAUCGUGCAUCAGGUUCACCUCAAGGGCAGUUUUGCCGUGUCACGAGCGGCUUGGCCCCACAUGCGCAAACAAAAAUAUGGCCGCAUCAUCAUGACGGCCUCAACGGCUGGAAUCUACGGCAACUUUGGCCAGGCCAACUAUUCCGCUGCCAAGCUGGGCCUGGUUGGUCUCUCCAACACGCUGGCCUACGAGGGCGCCAAGUACAACAUCCAUUGCAACGCGCUAGUUCCCACUGCUGGCUCACGGUUGUCAGCAUCGGUCAUGCCUGAAGACUAUGCCAAUGCCAUGAAGCCGGAGUACGUGGCACCGGUGGUGCUAUUUCUUUGUCAUGAAAGCUGCGAGGCCAACCGUGGUGUGUACGAGACUGGUGCUGGGUGGGUUGCAGCCCUCAAAUGGCAGCGCACGGAGGGAGCCAAGCUUCAGUCCGCAGAGUCGUCCAUCUCGCCGGAGAAAGUGCGUGACGUGUGGGAUAGCAUCAAUGACUUUGCAACGGCGUCAACUGUCGACUCGAUGAACGGCACUGCCAGCUUGGCGGCUAGCCCUGAAGCCAAUGUGCAGCAGUUUGAUCGCAAGCAGGCGCUGAGCCAUCGCUUUCCAACCACUUCCUACGUGGUUUCGCCGCGCAAUGCGGCUCUCUAUGCCCUCAGUGUGGGAUGCAACCCCUCCGCCCACCCCGAGGAGCUGCGCUACGUGUAUGAGGGUCACAGCGAGUUUGGCACGCUGCCCACCUUUGCUGUCAUUCCUGCCCAGGUGAUGACCGGUUUGCCAGGCUUGCGCUUCAACCCCAUGCAGCUCUUGCAUGGAGAACAGAGCGUCACGAUUCACCGGCCACUGCCUACAGAGGGCAAACUCGUCUCUCAAGCUUCUUUCGUUGAUAUUCUCGACAAGGGUCGUGGUGCACUGGCCAUUCUCAAGGUGGAAACUCGUGCGGAGGCUGGCGAGCUGUUGGUCACCAAUGUCUUCUCAUUGUUCAUCCGCGGCCUCGGCAACUUUGGAGGCCCCAGCACAAACGAUGCAAUUCCCGGCAACGUGCCUGUGCCACAAGGGGCACCUACGCAUGUGUUUUCCGAAAAAACUCCGACAAACCUGGCCGCGCUCUAUCGCUUGACGGGCGACGUAAAUCCCUUGCACAUUGAUCCAGAAAUGGCCAAGGUGGCGGGCUUUCAACAGCCUAUUCUGCAUGGGCUGUGUACAUACGGCACGGCCGCGCGCCACGUGAUUGCUCAGUGCUUGGGUGGUGAUGCUUCGCGCGUGCACGUGGUUCGGGGACGAUUUGCGGCGCCGGUGUUUCCUGGCGAGACACUGGAGACAUCGAUGUGGGUGCGAAGCAGUCGCAUCCACUUUCAGACCCGAGUGGUGGAGCGCGAUGAGGUGGUGCUUUCUCACGGUUACGUGGACAUCGUGCCGAGCUCUUCAUCAAACCCUAGCGCGUCUUUGCCAUCCAAGCCUGAGGUGGUGGAGGUCUUUGAGCGCAUGCAGGCCAAUCUCUCGCAGGAGUUGGUGCGCCAGGUCAAUGCUGUCUUUACGUUUGCCCUCAAGUCGGCACAAGGUUCAGAUUCACGCUGGGUGGUGGAUCUCAAGUCGGGCGCCGGUGCCAUUCACCCGCCGGGAGCCCAGCUUGAAGGAUUAAAAGUGGACACGACGUUGAAACUGAGUGAGGACGACUUUGUCAAGUUGGCGCGGGGCCAGCUGAAUGCCAUGCAAGCCUUUAUGCAAAACAAACUCAAAGUCUCGGGCAACAUGAUGCUGGCACAAAAGUUGUCUGGUCUUUUUCAAACCCAGGCCAAGCUGUGA